UAUUAUUCUCUCGUCGUUAACAAAUAAUUAAAUAAUUUGAAGAAAAAAGUAUAAUUUCCGUCAAAAAUAUGUCUCAAUUAAUUCUAUUACGUCAAAUUUUACAAAAGCAACAACAUUUGCAGUUGAAAACCUAUUUCCAACAACAACAAAUCAAGAAAAUAAGUCAAUGUACGGUCUGGCAUCAGAAAGCCAAGGGAACAGAAGCCGGCCAGGGAUUGCAGCUGAGUAAAAGUGGCGCUGGACGUACAGAUGUAUCUACCGAUGUCAGACCUUUAGGUGAGAAAAUCAAAGAAACUACCAAGACGGCGAGUUACACAGCCAUCAUAUUGGCUGGAGUGGGUGUAACAGCGGUAAUGUUUUGGGCCAUAUUCCGAGAAUUGUUUAGCAGCUCCAGUCCAAAUAAUAUAUACUCAGAUGCAUUAGCACGAGUGAUUGAGGAUCCCAGAGUUCAGGAUUCGUUGGGCGCACCUAUUAAAGGAUUUGGUGAAGAAUCCCGUCGCGGACGUCGUCAACAUGUGGCUCAUACCAGUUUUGAACGUAAUGGAGUACCUCAUAUACGCAUGCGAUUCUACGUACAGGGUAUAAGAAAUAAAGCUACAGUACAUUUGGAAUCGAGAAGGGCACCCUCUGGGAAAAUGGAAUAUCGUUACUUAUUUGUGCAAUUAGAUCAUUAUCCCCACACCACCAUCAUAUUUGAAGAUAAUCGUGCCUUUGAUCCUGUUCCAUCCAGUUCAUCAAAUUCUACAUCACAAGCCCCUUUAACAGGUUCUAGUCUGUCUUUUGCAUCAUUUGAUGGCAAAAACUAAUAUUUAAUGAACUGCCAAAUAUAAUUUUAAGAAAAAUAAAGUUAUUAGUAGCCAAUGUUUUGUUAUGCGGCCCAUUUUAAUAUGAAUUUCUUAAACAUAAUUUUUUAACUUAAAAA